AUGAUGGAUCUAAUCACAGGAGUUACAUUGGAAUAAUUUUAAUAAAAGAAAUUAGAUGAUUAGAUUGUACAUAGCAUUGUGAAACAAUUAUUAUAAGCAAUAAAUUAUUUGCAUUCUAUGGAUAUUAUACAUAGAGAUAUUAAACCAGGUAUGAUGAAUAAAUUUUAUUUAAGAAAAUAUUAUGAUAUCUUAAUUGGGUGAAGAUGUUAGAGUAACUUUGAUUGAUUUUGGACUCUCAGCAUAAUUAACAUAUUUAGAAGGAACUGGAAUUAUGAGUGAUAAUUGUGGAACUUUCUUAUACAUGGCUCCAGAAUUGAUAUAGAAAAAGAAAUAUAAUAGAGUAUGAUUAUUCUAUUAUUUAGUAAGAGUGUAGAUAUAUGGGCUAUGGGUAUAGUUGUAUUCAAUCUUUUAACUUAAGGUAAACAUCCAUUUUACUAAUAAUUUGAUGAUAAAGAAUCUUAUUGUAAGAAGGUUUAAUAAAUGAAAUGGAAUUGGUAACCAGGAAUGAAUAAUAAUUCAAUUAAUUUUUUGAUUAGAACAGUAGCUUACUUACCUGAAGAUCGUUUGAAUAUUAAUUAAUGUUUAGACCAUCCUUGGAUUACAGGUAAAGAAGAUUCUACUGAACCAUUUACAUUUAUAGAAAUCCUUAAAAGUCAUUGCAACUUUUAAAAAAUUAAGUCUCUAAUAUAGGCAAUCCAAUUUAUAUAAUAACUCAAAGUUUUAUGUCCAAAUGCUAAUCAAUAUAAACAUUACUCAACUCCAAUGGCCAAAGAACCAAAUAGACCAAUAACAAUUCCUAAAGUUAAAUAAUAAUCUAUUUCUUAAACUAAUGAGAAAUUUAGAUAAUUUAAAUAAGAAGUAUUUUAAGGAUCUAAUGCUGAUACUGGUUCAAUUGGUUCAAAUAGAAUUUCUUAAUUCAAAAUAUAAACGAUUACUUUGAAAUCUUAAAGAAGAUAAAGAACUUCAUGUGAUCAAUUAUAAAAGUUGGAAUAGCAAAAGGAAUCUUCAAAAUAUCUUUUCCCUCAUUUUCAUAGAUCAUUAGAUAGAAGUGUUAAAUCAAAUCAAACUACUAACACUACAGCUGAUAACUCUUUGAAUCAAUCAUCAAUUCUCCAAAAAUCUGGUAUAAUGGAUAGUAAACAAUCUCAGAAUAAUGGGAAAACUCUAUAAUAAGUAAAAAUAUAUUUAUAUAUAAAUUAUAGUUAAAGAGGACAAAUCAUGUAUCAAGAGGUUAGAAUAUAUUGAUAUAAUAAGAAGUAUUAACAAGUCAAAGGUAAAGAACAAGUAAACCUCCAAUAUAGAAAAAGUCUUUAAACGAUUGA